GGGAGGGAGAAAGGGGGCUGCAGUUGACGAAACCAUUUUAAGACCGACGGAUAUUUUUUGCGUCUUUCCUCAUCUGAGUAGCUCUUAAAUUUAGGACGAUUCGCCUUUCCACUCCUCUAGUGAAAACUAAUCACCCUGCCGCCUAUGAAGAUCUAGCACCCCUUUCGCAUCCACGUCUCCCGAAGCUAGCUUCCUAGCUCGCUGGUUCCCGUUAGCUUGCCAGGCUAGCUCGCAACGGGGUUUAUUUCAUUGGCUUGGGUGGCUAGCCAGUUCAGCUAUCUUAAAAAAAAAAAAAAAAACCACUGUCGACCAGACUGCGCGUCCUCAGGUUGUGAAAGAAAUGGAGUCUGAAGAUGCGGGGUUUCAAAUCGAUGCGUCGAGUUUUGGGGUUUUCGGACAUACGUCGUCUAGGGUCGCUCAGCAAUAGUAAACACAUCCGAACAUCCCUAACGGUUAUACGUCCCAUGCUGAAGAAAAAGCGAACCAAAUUGGUUAGCUAGCUUGGCUAACUGGAUUGAGAGCCCUUCUACAGCGGAUUCCGAAGAAAUUCCUACACACACGAGAAGGCAAUAGGACAGCCAGCUAUCGGCUAGCAUUACUAUCUCUUAGCUAGCUUGUAUGUCCAUUCUUAGCUGAAACCCAAGUUUUGCCAAGAAGACGCCAAGCUGAGCCACUCGGAUAAUAAAAGCUAAAGAAUUUACAGAAAUUUUUGUAUUUCAAAAAAAGACUGAAGAACGAACCAACCCUAGCUGGCGGGUUAACUUCUAAAGUGUCAAAACCAUUUUUUCCUUACUUUUUACCAAGUGUUUACAGGAAUGAAGUCUUGGACAGCACGGAAUCUUUUGACCUUGUUUUGUGGUCUGCUGCUGCCCCUCACCAGUCUUUGCCAAUGGCCCGCAAAUGACGAAAUCUGUGGUCCAGCCAUUGACAUUGGAAAUGACAUCAGCGAUUUCAAGAAACUGGAGAACUGUACAGUGGUUGAGGGCUACCUGCAGAUUCUCCUCAUUGGAAACAAGAACAACAACCCCAACCAAGAUGUCUUCCGCACACUCAGUUUUCCCAAACUGACUAUGAUUACUGACUAUCUUCUCCUCUUCCGUGUUUCUGGGCUGGACAGCCUGAGCACCCUCUUCCCAAACCUGACGGUCAUUCGAGGCCGCAAUCUCUUCUACAACUAUGCCCUGGUCAUUUUCGAGAUGACCAGCUUGAAGGACAUAGGCCUGUACAAUUUGCGCAACAUCACUCGAGGUGCGAUACGGAUCGAGAAGAAUCCAGAGCUCUGUUACUUGGAUUCUGUCGACUGGUCUCUCAUUAUGGAUGCCGAGUUCAACAACUUCAUUGACGGAAACAAGCAGUCCAAGGAGUGUGGGGAUGUUUGCCCAGGAAUCAUGGAUGAUAACCCUGAAUGCAUCAAGACCAGCUUCAAUGAUCACUAUAACUACCGCUGCUGGACCUCCAACCACUGCCAGAAAGUGUGCCCAGAGCGGUGUGGGCAGCGGGCAUGCACGAGCUCGGGCGAGUGCUGCCACCCCGAGUGCCUGGGCAGCUGCACAGUGCCAGACAGCGACAGGGCAUGCGCCGCCUGCCAGCACUAUUACCACGAGGGCCGCUGCGUGCCGGACUGCCCACAAGACACCUACAAGUUUGAGGGCUGGCGCUGCAUCACCAUGGAUUUGUGCUCCCGCAUCCACCUGCCAGACUACGAGCAAUUCGUCAUCCAUGGAAGGGAAUGCAUGUCGGACUGCCCACCAGGCUUCACCCGCAGUGAGGGCCAGAGUAUGUUAUGCAACGCCUGUGAUGGCUUGUGUGACAAGUUAUGUGAAGUGAAGGUCAUUGACUCAGUGGAUGCUGCACAGUCCCUGAAAGAUUGCACUGUUAUCAGAGGCAACCUGCACAUUAACAUCCGCCGUGGCAAUAAUAUAGCCUCUGAGCUGGAGAAGUUCCUAGGCCUCAUAAAGACAGUGACAGGAUAUGUGAGGAUUCGUCAUUCUCACACACUGGGCUCGCUGUCCUUCCUUAAAAGUCUACGUUACAUCAAUGGAGAAGAGCUCUAUGAGAACAUGUAUGCCUUCUCCGCACUGGACAACCAGAACCUCCAGUUCCUGUGGGACUGGUCGCAGCACAAUCUGACCAUCCAUGCAGGAAAACUCUUCUUCCGCCUCAACCCCAAACUGUGCAUGUCGGAGAUCCGCAAGAUGUGGAUGAAGACUGGCAUCAAGGAGAGGUUUGUUGAGGAGGAAUUCCGCAACAAUGGAGACCGCGCAAGCUGUGAAAGUAAGACUCUAAAAUUCAUUACCAAUACUACUGGAAGUACUACAAUAAUGUUAACGUGGGAACGUUAUCGACCGCCGGAUUACAGAGACCUCGUCAGUUUCGUAGUUUACUACAAAGAAGCGCCUUAUCAGAAUAUCACUGAGUUUGACGGUCAAGACGGCUGUGGGUCCAACAGCUGGAUGACUGUGGAUGUGGACCUAUCCCAGGACCGAAACAAGAACCCUGGUGUCUUCUUGUCUGGCCUCAAGCCCUGGACCCAGUACGCCAUCUUUGUGAAGGCUGUCACCUUGGUGGUGGAAGAUAAAGACAGACACAUUCUUGGGGCCAAGAGCGACCUGGUGUAUAUUUGGACUAAACCUUCAGCACCCACGAUGCCUGUCGAUGUCCGUGCCUAUUCCAACUCAUCCUCGAGUUUAGUGGUUCGCUGGUCUCCUCCUGUGUCUCCAAAUGGGAAUCACACCUUCUAUCUGCUCCGCUGGCAGCAGCAGGGGGAAGACCGCGAGCUCUACCAACACAACUACUGUUCCAAAGAGCUAAAGAUUCCCAUCCGGAUCUCUGCCACGGGAGUGACGGACCUUGUGGAGGACACAAAGCCUGCCAAUCCAGACGCAGGUGGGCGGGACCAAACCCCUUGCUGUCCAUGCCCCAAGUCAGAAAAAGAACUCAAGAGGAUUGAGGAUGACAUUUACUACCGCAAAGCCUUCGAGAACUUCCUCCACAACUCCAUCUUUAAACCUAGGCCUCCUGACCGGCGGCGGAGGGACGUGUUCGGCAUAGCCAACGGCACUCUGACGCGCAACCCGCUCCCCACGAACGGCAGCUUGGCCGAGGGCAACUGGUCGACGGCCGCCGCCACCCCCAGGCACGACUAUCCCUUCCUGGAGCGGAAGGUGCUGGAGAGGAGUGCGGAGAUCCGCGGCCUGCAGCCGUUCACCGUCUACCGCAUCGACCUGCAUGCCUGUAACGACGCGGUCCAGCAGUGCAGCGCCGCUGCCUUCGUCUUCUCCCGGACCAAGCCAGCGGACAAGGCAGACAACAUCCCCGGCCAUGUGAGCUGGGAGGACCAGGACGACACGGUGAUCCUGAAGUGGCCAGAGCCAGCUAGGCCCAAUGGCCUCAUCCUGCUCUACGAGAUCCAGUUCCGCCUUGGCUCAGAGCUGGAGAAGCACGAGUGCAUUUCCCGCCAACACUACAGGGAGCAGCGGGCCUUGCGCCUCACCAACCUGGGCCCGGGCAACUACUCAGCUCGCGUGCGGGCCACGUCGCUGGCCGGGAACGGCUCGUGGACAGAGCCCGUUGCCUUCUACGUGAUGCGGCACGAGCGAUACGAGAACUUCCUCUUCCUCAUGAUCAUCCCUGUCGUGUUCAUCUUGGCUAUCCUUGGAGUCACUUUUCUAGUGGUCAGUAAGAAAAGGAACAGUGACAGGCUGGGGAAUGGUGUUCUGUAUGCCUCCGUCAACCCAGAGUACUUCAGCGCCGCAGAAAUGUACGUGCCUGACGAGUGGGAGGUGGCGCGCGAAAAGAUCACCAUGUGCAGAGAACUGGGCCAGGGCUCCUUCGGCAUGGUGUACGAGGGCAUCGCCAAGGGCGUCGUCAAGGACGAGCCGGAAACUAGGGUGGCCAUCAAAACGGUCAACGAGUCGGCCAGCAUGCAUGAGCGGAUCGAAUUCCUCAAUGAGGCUUCUGUCAUGAAGGAGUUUAACUGUCACCAUGUGGUGCGUCUGCUGGGCGUGGUCUCGCAGGGACAGCCCACUCUAGUCAUUAUGGAACUAAUGACACGUGGCGAUCUGAAGAGUUAUCUACGAACACUGCGAUCCAAAGAGAGCACCUCCAGCCUUCCUCUGCCCCCGCUGAAGAAGAUGAUCCAGAUGGCUGGGGAGAUAGCGGACGGCAUGGCGUACCUCAAUGCCAACAAGUUCGUUCACCGAGACCUGGCAGCGAGGAACUGCAUGGUGGCUGAAGACUUCACCGUUAAAAUUGGGGAUUUUGGCAUGACACGGGACAUUUAUGAGACUGAUUACUACAGAAAGGGCGGGAAAGGCCUCCUACCGGUGCGCUGGAUGUCUCCUGAAUCCCUCAAAGACGGAGUCUUCACCACCAUGUCUGACGUUUGGUCCUUCGGAGUGGUGUUAUGGGAGAUAGCCACCCUGGCUGAGCAGCCCUACCAGGGCAUGUCCAACGAGCAGGUGCUGCGCUUCGUCAUGGAGGGAGGCCUGCUGGAUAAGCCCGACAACUGCCCCGAUAUGCUGUUCGAGCUGAUGCGAAUGUGCUGGCAGUACAACCCCAAGAUGCGACCCUCCUUCCUGGAGAUCAUCAGCAGCAUCAAGGAAGACUUGGAUCCGCCUUUCAAGGAGGUCAGCUUCUUCUACAGCGAGGAGAACAAACCCCCCGACACAGAGGAGCUGGACAUGGAGAACGUGGGCGCCAUGGAGAACGUCCCCCUGGAGCCCUCCACCACCCUGCAACCUCUCGCAGCCACCUCGGCCUCCCCGCAGCAGGGUGGAGCCCUGGGUUCCACUGCUCCACCGGGUUCCUCACCCCCUUCCUCGUCGCCAGGCUCGUCGGGGCUGUCCACAGACAAGCGCCCAGGCCCCACCUCGGCUGCCGCCUCCGCCAACGGGCCGGCCGUCGUGCUAAGGGGCCCGUUUGACGAGAACCAGCCUUACGCGCACAUGAACGGAGGCCGAAAGAACGAGCGUGCCUUGCCCUUGCCUCAGUCAUCAGCAUGCUGAUCCGGA